GUUAAUUUAUUAUUGUCUUUGGUCAUUCUCCGAUUGUUUUAUUCUAACUUGUCUAAUGUUUGUAAAAUAUAAUAUUCUACGUAUUUAGUUUUGAUUCCAUUGAUAGGAAUUAAGACUACACGAAUCACGAUGCUUUUGACCAUACAUAAUUUACCUUCUCAUGUAGGUUAUUCCGACAUAAAGAGUUUAAUAAAAGAAAAAUGCGGCGUAAGAGAACUUAUCUUGGAUAAUCUCGUCAAUGAAGGCAAAACCAAGCGUGUUACUGUCGGAUUAGCUGACGAAGGCGACGCUGUUUUACUACUUAGAAAAUUAAAUGGUUUACAUUUAAAUGGUCUUCAGCUUUAUGUUGAAGACCUUCGUCAAAAGAAGCUAUUGGAGCAACCAUAUCGACCAGUGCAUGCUUCACAAGAAAAUCCACUGAAGCAAGGAUUGCAACAGAAAACACAAUUUGAAGAACCAAGGGAAAUAUCAUCGUUGCCAAACCAACCGCCACCAAUGCCCAUACAACCAACCUAUAGCAAUAUGCCGUUUUAUAUGUCACCGGUUCAGACUACCCAUGUAAAUUACGACAAGCAGGGACCACCAUCAACGAAUCCACUGCAACAGGUUCCGUUUUAUCAACAAAAUAUUACAAAUUAUCCAUAUCAACAACCCGAUACUCAAAAUGAAUGGAGUAAACAAGUAAUAACGUCAUAUCCUGACAAGUCACGUCUCUCUGCUAAUAAUGCAUUGAAUGUGACUGACGCUCAAUUUCAUCGAAAUCAAGAUCAAAAAGGGGUUAUGGGAGACGAUGCCUAUAACCUCGGUGUACCCCGAGAAGUUAUUAGGCGUACUGAUAAAAGUACAUUCGGAACAUCUAAAGAUAAUAUGGACUUUCGUGGUCAAGAUCAUGACAAAUUGGAUGAGAACAAUUUUCACUCUAUGAGAUUUAAGGAGCAAGAAGACAAAUACAGACCACAGGUAUCUCCUUCGAGGACUUAUGAUAGAUACCAAAAUAGAUCUAUACGUAAGCAAGACGCAAGGCGCCUGAAUGACUUUGGCAAUUCAAAAUAUUCAUCUCGUUUCGAUAGACCAAUACCACGCGAUCGAUCACCUCCACGUAAUCGAUCACCUCCACGGAAUCGAUCACCUCCACGGAAUCGAUCACCUCCACGGAAUCGAUCACCUCCAAGGAAUCGAUCACAUCCACGUAGUCGAUCACCUCUACGUAAUCGAUCGCCUCCUCGUGAUCGAUUUCGUAGACGUGAAAAUCGUGAACAACCAAUUAAACAUCCGCAAAAUCCUCAUAUUUAUUAUGAUCAUCAGCAGCAUGACAGCUAUGAUAAUUAUGGAGACACCCAAAAUUUCGAUCAACAACAUCAUAAUUUCGACGAAUUUGGUCAAAAUAAUGGACAAGGUAUGAAAAGGCAAAGAAAUCUUGGCACAAAAAGACCAAACCCUAACCGCUUUGAGACGUACAGCAACGACCCAAAUAAUUCUACUUUUAGCAAAUCGAAUAUUAAUAUCUUUGGUCAAAAGGGAACCAAUGCAGGUUUUGCUAUGAAAGGCAAAAAACGUGAUGCGAGCUUUCACGGUCCACCUGCAAAACUUCCGAGAUUUAAUAAAGGCCGAAAAAAUUUCGACGCCCCUCCUGCCUCAUUUGCUGACACGAACUCGAUUACUCCUGCAGAGGACCCUUCACUAACGAUUAAAGGAAAGCUAAUGAAAUAUGGCAAUUGGCGUAGAAACGCUGCCAAGUUUCUGGCCUGUGAAAUUGUUGCGAAUGCCAAAGUUGGUAAAAUUAAAAAUUUUAACAUUUUGCUACGUAAUUUAAAAAAAUGUAUAGCGUCGAGAAUUGAUGUUAUUGUUGGGGAUGAAGUUGUGAACUCGUUGAAAGAUAUGGUAGAUCGAUAUCGCAUGAAAUUCAACCACGACGAUGAUGUCGGAUUUUACAAGGCUGUUUUGGAGAAAAUGAAACGUGAUCAGGACCAGUCUGCUGGGCAACCAGACACAAUGACUCAAUUCAUACCAAGUACUUCGACAAAAAAGUAUUUACGUCCAGCCGUCAGACGAAAAGCUAAUAAUAAAAAUGCAAGAAUUAGAGUUAGACCUCGUACAAAAACAAGCGCUUUAGCUGAUGAACCAAUUCAAGAUUUCUAUGAAACAGAAGACGGAUUAGAUGAUCCAUCAAAUGAUCCCAUUGAAGAAACAUCUGGGAAAUUACCGAAGUACCCAAAUGCAAAUAAACAGGAAUAUAAAGGUAAGUGAGCUCAUCGUGUUAUUUAAGGUCCGACAUUGGUGCAA